AUGAGCAACAAUAGCAACAGUGACAACGAGAAUGAAGGAGGGCUUAAUUUGGCCGGCUUCCUGUUCGGAAACGUCGACGAACACGGGCGUCUCGAUGGAGACUUUCUGGACGAGGAAGCUAAGCAACAGCUUUCAUCGCUAUCCCGUAUGGGCCUAUCGUCAUUCCUGGCCGACGUGCUGCAAGAUGAUGACGCUGAAAAGCCACCUCGUUCGGACAGCGACAGUGAUGAUUCUUCAUCGAGCGAUGAUGACCGGCGACGGCGUCGCUAUGAUGACGAUAGCGAUGGAGCGAACUACAAAGUCAAGGCCGACUGUGCGGUGGAUUAUUCCGACAUACAGGAGUUGGCAGAGGAAUUGGCCGUACCGUCGCCACCGAGUGAAGUAAAGUCCAAGGAUAACGAAAACGGAGAGCAGAAAGACAUUAAGCAGGAAGACGACAUGGACGAUAUCGAGGCGGUAAUACCGUGCACUCGCGUCGAAGCGCGAACUGCGACCGAUGGCUCGACCACCGUGAAAGAGGAAGCCGGUUCUGGCGGUGGUGGAGUUAACGAUAAGGAGCUGAUGCCUCCCCCCACGGCUCCGGUCAGUGCGGAUGGUGUGACAGUCUCAGCUACCAGCGGCACUACCACCACCACUGAUGACGCCUCGAAGGAUAAACCGAAAAAGCUCGAAACUCCCCUGGCCGCGAUGCUGCCCUCCAAGUACCAGAACGUGGACGUGCGCGAAUUUUUCCCCGACUUCCGUCCGGACAAGGUGUUGCGCUUUUCACGGCUUUUCGGUCCGGGCAAGAUCUCCAGCCUGCCACAGAUCUGGCGUAGCGUGCGAAGACGCCGCAACAAGAAACCACCGUCGGCACGUAAACCACGUGAUGGCUCGGACUCUACGUCGGAUUCGGACGAACCGCGGCGCAGGCAGUACUUCAUCCCGACGUACGCUCCGAUGCCACCGAAAGAGCAAUGGGCGGAUGAUGAUGAGGUACGCUUCACCAGCCGCGAGCUGGACGAGGAGAAGGAGGUAAAGGACAAGGACGCGGACAGCAAGGGAGAUUCGAAACCGAAAGUGGCCGAUUGGCGGUUCGGUCCGGCCCAAAAGUGGUACGACAUGCUGGACGUGCCGGACACGGGAGAGGACUUCAACUAUGGCUUCAAACAGGCCGACCCGGCCAAGCUGGAAGCGUUACCCGUGGUAGGUUCCACCGCUGACAAAGCGAUUCCCGACGACGCGUUCCUGAUGGUGUCCCAGUUGCACUGGGAAGACGACGUGGUGUGGGACGGGAACGACAUCAAGCACAAGGUGCUGCAGAAGCUCAACUCAAAGGUGAACGCAGCCGGUUGGCUGCCGUCGAGCGGUUCACGGACGGCGGGAGCAUUCAGCCAACCCGGCAAGACUCUGCCCGCCUCGACGGCCAUCACCGGCACGAAAUCGUCCACGAGCAAGAUGAGCAAGACGCAGAUGAUUAUCAAUGCGGCACAGAAAGCGCAGGAAGAAACGGAGGACGCCUGGUACAGCAUCUUUCCGGUGGAGAAUGACGAGCUGGUGUACAACAAGUGGGAGGACGACGUAAUCUGGGACGCGGAAGCCGUCACGAAGUUCCCGAAACCGAAAGUCCUGACGCUGGACGCGAACGACGAGAACAUCAUCCUAUGCAUCCCCGACGAUAUCGAUCCGUCAAAGAUCGUGCGCAACACGGGACCACAGCCGAAGGUGAAGAUCCCGCACCCACACGUGAAGAAAUCCAAGAUUCUGCUCGGCAAAGCGGGUGUAAUCAAUGUGCUGGCGGAAGACACGCCACCGCCUCCGCCUAAAAGCCCGGACCGCGAUCCGUACAACAUCUCGAACGACGUGUUCUACAUGGCCAAGUCGACUGAGGCCACGCUCAAAAUCAAAGUGGGCGGUGGCAAUCUGUUGCAGCACUCGACACCAACUGUGGAGCUGCGUGCGCCGUUUGUGCCCACACAUAUGGGCCCGAUGAAGCUACGCAUGUUCCACCGGCCAGCAAUGAAGAAGUACUCGCACGGAGCACUCGCAGUGGCCAAUCCGCAAGCGGUGCUGCCGCUGCAAAAACACAUCAAAAAGAAGGCCAAGCAGCGCGAGCUGGAACGUAUCGCGUCCGGUGGUGGGGACGUGUUCUUUAUGCGCACCCCGGAGGAUCUGACCGGACGAGAUGGUGAGCUGAUUUUGAUCGAGUUUUGCGAGGAACAUCCGCCCCUGAUGAACCAGGUGGGGAUGGCGUCGAAGAUCAAGAAUUUCUACAAACGCAAGAUCGGUAAGGAUUCGGGUCCGCCCGAGUUUCGCUUCGGAGAGACGCAUUACGCGCACACGUCACCGUUCCUUGGCAUCCUGCACCACGGCCAGUGUAUCCAGGCGAUCGAGAACAACAUGUACCGGGCGCCGAUCUAUCCGCACUCGAUCGGUGACUCCGAGUUCCUCGUGAUCCGCACGCGUAACAGCUACUUUGUGCGUGAGGUGGACGCGUUGUUCACCGCCGGGCAGGAGUGUCCGCUGUACGAGGUGCCCGGACCGAACUCGAAGCGUGCGAACAACUUUGUGCGUGACUUCCUGCAGGUGUUCAUUUACCGGCUGUUCUGGAAGAGUCGGGACAACCCGCGCAAGAUCCGUAUGGACGACAUCAAGAAAGCGUUCCCGGCGCACUCGGAGAGCAGCAUCCGGAAGCGGUUGAAGCUGUGCGCGGAUUUCAAGCGUACUGGCAUGGAUUCGAACUUUUGGGUCAUCAAGCCGGAGUUCCGGUUGCCCUCGGAGGAGGAGAUCCGCGCGAUGGUUUCGCCGGAGCAGUGUUGCGCAUACUUCAGCAUGAUCGCGGCCGAACAGCGGCUGAAGGAUGCCGGGUACGGGGAGAAAUUUAUCUUCGCCCAGCAGGAAGACGACGACGAGGAGAUGCAGCUCAAGAUGGACGACGAGGUGAAGGUGGCGCCGUGGAACACAACCCGUGCCUACAUCCAGGCGAUGCGUGGCAAGUGCAUCCUGCAGCUAAAUGGACCGGCCGAUCCGACCGGUUGCGGGGAGGGCUUUUCCUACGUCCGCAUGCCCAACAAACCGACGCAACAAAAUAAGGAGGAAACGGAAAGCCAACCGAAGCGUACCGUCACCGGUACGGAUGCGGAUCUGCGGCGAUUGUCGCUGAACAACGCCAAAGCGCUGCUGCGCAAGUUCCAGGUGCCGGAGGAGGAAAUCAAGAAGCUUUCCCGCUGGGAGGUGAUCGACGUCGUGCGGACACUCUCGACGGAGAAAGCCAAAGCCGGCGAGGAGGGCAUGGACAAGUUCUCGCGUGGUAACCGUUUCUCGAUCGCGGAACACCAGGAGCGCUACAAGGAAGAGUGCCAGCGCAUCUUCGACCUGCAGAAUCGUGUACUGGCCUCGUCCGAAGUGCUAUCGACGGAUGAAGGCGAAUCGACGGCGUCCGAGGAGUCCGAUCUGGAGGAGUUGGGCAAGAACCUGGAGAACAUGCUGGCGAACAAGAAGACGUCCACGCAACUGUCACUGGAGCGCGAGGAGCAAGAGCGGCAGGAGCUGUUGCGCAAGAUCAUGGAAGAGCGCGGUGGCACCGAUCAGAACAAGAAGAAAAAGGACGACGACGGGUUGAAGGACGAGCAGCAAACGAGCAUGGCGAAGAUAUUGAAGAUCACGCGCACAUUCAAGAACGCGGAGGGUCGCGAGUACACGCGGGUUGAGCUGGUACGGCGCAGUCCAGUGAUUGACGCGUACGUGAAAAUCCGCACCACGAAGGACGAAGCGUUCAUACGGCAGUUUGCGACGCUUGACGAGGCGCAGAAGGAGGAGAUGAAGCGUGAGAAGCGCCGCAUCCAGGAGCAGCUGCGGCGUAUCAAGCGCAAUCAGCAGAAGAUUGGCAUGCUGCAGAACCAAAACCAACUGCACAGCUCCGUCGGCACACCGAUCAGUCUCGGCGACCGGGAACCGUCCACACCGAAGCCGUUCUCGAGCCGCUCGUUGGCACACGGCAAGGAACACAGCCCAUCGUCGUCGGCGUCACGCCGGAAGGCAAAAAUGAAGCCGGAUCUAAAGCUGAAAUGUGGCGCGUGUGGUCAGGUCGGGCACAUGCGUACCAACAAGGCCUGUCCGCAGUAUUCGGGGUUGCUGACGACACCCUCGUUGAACGUGGCGAUGACCGAGGAACAAGAGGAAGAGAUCGAGAAGGAGCUGAACGCGGAUGACGAGGGCGAUCUGGUGAAUGUGGACGGUACCAAGGUGAAGCUGAGCAGCAAGCUACUGAAACGCCACGAGGACGUAAAACGCCGCACGCUGUUGUUGAAGGUGCCAAAAGAGGCCGUGGGUCGGAAGCGACGUCGCGUUGGAGGUGACUCACACUGUGACUACCUGCAGCGGCACAACAAGACAACAAACCGGCAGCGUACGGAUCCGGUCGUCGUGUUUUCGUCCGUGCUGGAGCAGAUCCUGAACGAGCUGCGUGACAUGCCGGAUGUGCAGCCGUUCAUGUUUCCGGUGAACGCGAAGCAGGUGGUCGAUUACCAUCGGAUCGUGCAGCGGCCGAUGGAUCUGCAGACGAUUCGAGACAACAUCCGGCAGAAGAAGUACCAAACGCGCGAAGAGUUCCUCGUCGACAUCAACCAGAUCGUGGAGAACUCGUCGAUGUACAAUGGCGCGAAAAGCUCGCUCACGGUCGCGGCCCAGCGGAUGUUGCAAAAGUGCAAGGAGCGAGUGCAGGAACGUGAGGAUCGUCUAACGCGGCUCGAGAAGAGCAUCAACCCGCUGCUGGACGAUGACGAUCAGGUCGCACUGUCGUACAUCCUGGGCGAGUACGUGAACGGACCGCUUAAGGCGAUGCCCGAAAGCUGGCCGUUCCUGAAGCCGGUCAACAAGCGGCUUGUGAAGGACUACUACACCAUCAUCCGGCGCCCGAUGGAUCUGGAGAAGGUGUCGAAGAAGGUGGCCUCGCACAAGUACCACUCGCGCGCUGACUUCCUGGCCGAUCUGCAGCUGAUCGCGGACAACAGCGAACAGUACAACGGACCCGAAGCGAACUUCACGAAGCAAGCGCGCCAGAUGGUGGAAGGGACCCGGCAGGCGCUCGAUUCGAUGGACCACAACGUGGUGCAGCUGGAGAAGAACAUUGCGCUGGUGCAGGAACGCGCCCGCAACGAGGACGACGACAUGGACUGGGAGGAUGACGAUGCGGACCUAAAGGGUGGACCGGGUGGUUCGCGGGAUACCACACCGGAUCUGGACGAUGGUGGUGCGAACGACGAUAGCAACCCGGAACGGCCACCUUCGUCCACUGACGUGACGCUUUCGCGAUCGGAAUCGAAGCGUAUCCGUAGUCGCUCACGGAAACCGCACAAGGACGACGACCACCAUUACUCGUCGGACGAUGAAGAGUUCGAGGAAGUGGGUACGAGCGACAAUGAGGGCGUCUCCGUGACGCUGGAGCAAUCGAACACGACUUCAAGCAUGAUGCCACCGCACAGCGAGGACGAUAGCCAGCAAGCGGCCGAAGCGAUGGUGCAACUCAGCAGCACGCAGUACUACAACGCCACGCAGGACGACGGAUCGAUGGAGAUCGAUCCGAACUAUGAUCCGAGCGAUUUCCUUGGCAUGUCCAACCGCCAACCGGGACCAGAUGUCGGUCGGAAUGAUAUCAUCAAUCCGGAGGCGGGUUAUGCGUUGGAUCAGCUAAAUCCCGCCACGGGUAGGCACGAGGGCACGAUGGAAGUUGGACAGCAGCCCGAGAGCAAUGUACAGCCGGUGGAAGCGGAACAACCGCCGAACAUCCUGCCGACGCUGCAGUCCCUUCACUCUGAUCUGGCCAUCUCGGACAGCGACGAUGAGAAGAGCAAUCUGCGCAUGGACGAGGUGCGCGAUGAGAAUGAGAACGACGACAACGACGAGGGCGGAGAUCUGUGGUUCUAAAGUCUUGUCCGGGAACGAUUGCUGGAAAAAGCGCGAAAGUGUGCCGAGGCUAGCACAGAGAAGUUUUAAAGUAAUUGUAACGUAAGUAAAUCAGGGA